AUGCCAGGCCAGUGUAGGCCCGGCCUGAAGGCUGGAGGGAUGGAUAAGAGCCAACCAGACCCCGGUGCCGCGAGGCCCCCAGCGCCCAUGGACAGCGGGCCAGGCGGGCCCCAAAGAAAUCCAACGGGCCCCCACCCAACCCCGCCCCCCAAGCAACUGCAGCGUCAGGCCCCCGCAACGGUCCCGACCUGGGCCACACUGCCCGCAGCAAACCGACCCGCAGCAGAAGGACGAGGCGCGCCACCAGGGUGCACGGACAACGAGCCCCACCCAGCCCCCCCGAACCCCGACGCGCAGGAGCACAGGCCAACCCGCAACCCCGCCAGUACCCCCCCAGACUGCCCCAGACCCAAAGCCGGACCCCCAGCCCAUCCAACCUGCUCCCCACCGCCGGCCGCACACCGACGGGCAGGCCCACAUUGCGCAGCACCAGAACACCCCCGCGGGCAGCACCCAGCCCCCACACCAGGCCCCCCAGCCCGGGGGAGGACCCCGGGCCCGCCCGAGGCGGGGAGAGAGGAGCCCAGGGAGCAUGAGGAGACCCCGCCACUCCCAGGCACACAGGGCGAGCAGUCCAGACGCAACCGCCCCCCAGGGGAAACCGCCCGGCCCCGCGAUCCCCCACAGAGCCAGAGAGCAGGCCCGGAUUCAAGGGGGAGAAGGUGCAUCUAA